UUGUUGUGCGUGUCGGAUUCGAGAAUUGUUUGUGAGAACUUAGACCACCGGGUUGGUGUCUUGCUUUCUGACGGUGACUGUUACUCUGGAAGUGUGUCGAUUGAAAGCAGUUGUGUUUUGAAGUGUUUUGAACGAUGAGUGGAUCUGGAAAAGGAUUUCUUGGAUUAUGGCUGUAUCAUAGCGGUGAUCAGGAAUGGGCCGUCAAGGAAGGCAGCCCACUGCACAAACGAAAGGAAUUUACUGUAAAUAUUACAAAGGAUCCAGGCAAAACUUUGGACGGCAGCAAUGGCAACGAUCAGCGCGGCGACAAGACGUCCAUCAUUUUCACCCUGAAAAAUCAAGUUGGGGGCUUGGCUCGGGCAUUGCAAGUCUUCCAGGAGCUGGGUAUCAACGUUCUGCACGUGGAACUGAACAAGACAGGCGAACUUUGCGAAGAGGCCGAUGUUCUGGUGGACGUCGAAUGUGACGCUCACAAGCUGGAACAGGUGCUGCGUUUGUUGAAACGAGAGGUGCACUCCGUGAGCUACGCCGCACCGGUGGCCAGUGAUGGACCACCUCCGACACCGCUUUCCGCUUGUGGAAGUUUUGAUUUUGGUGAGAUGCAUUGGUUCCCGAGAAAAAUUUCCGAUCUGGACCGCGCACAAAAUGUGCUCAUGUAUGGAAGUGAACUGGAUGCCGAUCACCCCGGUUUUAAAGAUCCAGUUUAUCGCAAAAGGAGGGAGCAAUUUGCGGCGAUUGCUAACUCAUACAAGCAUGGCAGCCCAAUACCAAGAGUUCAGUACACACCGGAAGAAAUAAAGACAUGGGGCACCGUUUUUCGUGAACUACACAAGCUUUAUAUCAAACAUGCAGUUCCCGAGUAUUUGGAAAAUUGGCCGGAUCUGGUUAAGUACUGUGGCUAUCGGGAGGACAACUUACCCCAGCUGCAGGAUAUCAACUUGUUUCUCAAGCGGAAAACCGGCUUCCAGAUCCGUCCGGUGGCGGGCUAUCUCUCGCCCAGGGAUUUCCUAUCGGGGCUCGCCUUCCGGGUGUUCCACUGCACGCAGUACAUUCGGCAUUCGUCGGAUCCCUUCUACACGCCGGAACCCGACUGUUGCCACGAACUGCUCGGGCACAUGCCGCUGCUAGCCAACCCGAGCUUUGCCCAGUUCUCACAGGAGAUUGGUUUGGCUUCGCUGGGAGCCACCGAUGAGGAUAUCAACAAGCUAGCUACGUUAUAUUUCUUCACGGUUGAGUUCGGACUAUGCCGCCAACGAGACGGAAGCUUCAAGGUGUUCGGGGCAGGACUGCUCUCGUCUGUGGCCGAGUUGAAUCAUGCCAUCACCUCGGUUGAUAAAAUCAAACGGUUUGAUCCGGAGGUCACUUGUGAGGAAGAGUGCAUAAUUACGGCAUACCAAAAUGCUUACUACUAUACGGACUCAUUCGAGGAAGCAAAGGAAAAAAUGAGGGCAUUUGCCGAGAACAUCCAGCGGCCGUUCGGUGUUCGAUACAACCCGUACACCCAAACGGUGGAUGUGCUGAGUAACGCUAAAAAAAUAACGGCUCUGGUUAGUGAGCUCCGAGGUGACCUGAGUAUCGUUUCGGCAGCACUGAAGAAGGUCUCAGCUCUAGACGAGAAUUUGGACGUCGAGUCUAUUGGGAAAUUACUCUCCAGCAGUCUACAAAUGGCCGACAAAAGUCCCAACUCAGAAAGUUCCGACUCAUCCGAAAAAGCCAUUUCUCCGAACCAAUAAGCAGCCAUACAGAUUGAUCCAGAUGAAAGUGUUGUUUCAUUUCAAAUUUAUUGACCGUGUGGAAAUAAAACAAUAUUGAUGUAGCAAUUAA